AUGGGGGGCAACCAGACUUCUGUCACAGAGUUCCUCCUAGUGGGAUUCCCACUCAGCCCAAGGAUGCAGUUGCUCCUGUUUGGGCUCUUCUCCGUGUUCUAUGCCUUCACCCUGCUGGGCAACGGGGUCAUCCUGGGGCUCAUCUCACUUGACUCCCGACUGCACACCCCCAUGUACUUCUUCCUCUCCAACCUGGCCACUGUGGACAUAGCCUAUGCCUGCAACACAGUGCCCCAGAUGCUGGUCAACCUCCUGAACCCAGCCCAGCCCAUCUCCUUUGCUGGCUGCAUAAUCCAGACCUUUCUCUUCUUGAUUUUUGCUGCCACCGAAUGUCUUCUCCUGGUGGUGAUGUCCUUCGACAGGUAUGUGGCCAUCUGCCUGCCCCUUCGGUAUUCUACCAUCAUGAGCUGGAGAGUCUGCAUCACCCUGGCAGUAACAUCCUGGACUGUCGGAGUCCUCCCAGCCCUAGUACAUUUGGUGAUGCUAUUACCAUUGCCCUUCUGUGGUCCUCAUGAAGUCAACCACUUCUUCUGUGAGAUCCUGUCUGUCCUCAAGCUGGCCUGUGCUGACACUGGGCUCAACCAGCUUGUCAUCUUUGCUGCCUGUGUGUUUAUCUUAGUGGGGCCCCUGUGCUUGGUGCUGGUCUCCUACAUACACAUCCUCUUUGCCAUCCUGAGGAUCCAGUCUGGGGAGGGCCGCAGGAAGGCCUUCUCCACCUGCUCCUCCCACCUCUGUGUGGUCGGGCUCUUCUUCGGCUUUGCCAUGGUGGUUUAUAUGGUCCCUGACUCCAAUCAACGAGAGGAGAAGGAGAAAAUUCUGGCCCUGUUUUACAAUCUCUUUAACCCAAUGCUGAACCCACUCAUCUACAGCCCGAGGAAUGCUCAGGUGAAAGACGCCUUGUGUAGGGCACUAAAGGUGAGGUCCACAUGA